UGGCAACAACGUAUCUAAAUAUAACCUAGUUAUGAAUAAAAGUUUAAUGUGUGUAUAUCAAUUGUAAAUUAAUAUAAAAAAAUGAAUGAUAAUAUUAUAUCUGAGUUGGGAAAAGCUGCCGAAGUUAUAAUGGCGCCUCCGAACGUUGUGUCCAACGAACAAAGACAUCUUGCGGAAAGUAUAUUUUUAAAUUUCAGAAAAAGCAAAUCCCCUUACGGUAUUUGUAGAGAAAUUUUAGAAAAAUCUCAGAAUGAAUAUGUACUAUUUGAAGCAGCAGAAGUGCUUAAAAGUGCUAUUAUAAGAGAAUGGUCAUUUUUAUUUGAUGAUGACAAAACUUCUAUUAGACAAUACUUGUUCCAAUAUAUUACUACAAAAUCGUUACCGCCUUUUGUAAGAGAUAGAAUUUUGCAAGUUAUUGCUAUUAUAGUUAAAAGGGCAAGUAUAGAUGAUGGAGGUAGAGAGAGGGCAAAUAUAUUGAAAGAAGUUGAAAACCUUAUUGUUAAUGCUGAACCUCAAAAAAAAAUUUUAGGUUGUAAUAUAAUAUUAAAUCUAAUGCAAGAAUAUGCAACAACAGUAAAAUCAACAGAUGUAGGACUUCCUUGGGAAGUUCAUUUCAAAGCAAAGAAACAAUUUGAAGCUACAGAUUUGAAGAGAAUUUUUCAGUUCUGCAUAUACCUUUUAUCAGAAGUAGUGAAAAAUGAUCCACCAUAUUCAGAUACCUUGUUGGAAUUAACAAGACAUUUGUUAAAGAUAACUGAAACUGUUCUCACUUGGGGCUAUGUUUCACCAAUUCUACCCAAAAGACUGAUUGGCAUCUAUGAGUCAUUGUAUGAAGCAGAUUCGGCACCAGCUUUAAAAUUGAAUUCAUCGUGGUCUGAAAUUAUGUUAAAUCCGGAAAUGCUUCGAUUGAUGUUUCAGAUUUAUUGGAAAAUAAGAGACAUUGACCAAUUGGCUCAUCAUUCUUUAAACUGCUUAGUUCAAUUGGCAUCUUUGAACGGAGGUAUUCUACCUACAGAUGAGUCUAGAUUGGAAUAUCUACAUUCAUAUUUAAUGGCAUUUUUCAAUCUGGUAUCCAAUAUAACUAUAAAAAACAAAGAAUCAUUAGGUAUAUCAAAUAUAGUAAAGAAAUUGAUUGUAUUUUAUGUACACGAUAUUGCAAAGCUACCAGACAACAUGAAAGAUACUUUAUUAGAUGAAUUUACAAGGAUAACAUGUCAUUUAUGUGACGGUGCUACAAUAGAGGAAGCGAAUAGCGAAGAAGACAGAUUUUUCACCGAUGCUUUUGACAACAUGUUAGAUGCUUGGACAAAUUUAUUACAAGAAUUCACACAUUCUUAUUUAGAAAGUAAAUUUCAGGAAUGUGCUAAACAAGUUUUUAAUAAAUAUGUACAAUGUCAUUUGUGCCCUCCUGAUGGAUGUAGGAAACUUGGUAAUGAUACUGAAGAUAUAGAAGAUGAUGAGGAUAAUGAUAGAAUUAAAUAUAAGGAGCAGUUACAGGUGAUAGGGAUGUUUGGUAGGGUUGUGCCGGCGCAUUCUCUGUCAGUUUUGUAUAAACUUCUCGAAGAUCGUAUUAGUAAAUUUGUGAAUCAUUUACAAACGAUGCAAAUUCGAGCAAUGAACGUAGCAGAAGCGGAUACAUUAAACAAUCUAUUUGAAGAUAUGCAUUGGACGAUUCUCAUAUCUGGUCACAUACUUUGUAUGGAUAGUGAUGGGGAAACUCCUAUGAUUCCUUCGGAGAUAAUGCAGUACUCUAUAGAUCAAUAUAAUAGACAGGAAUCUACUUUGAAUGCUACGAUGGCUGCAAUAAUCGCUUUAGAAUCUAAAGUAGCCAUUCCAGAAAACUUUGAACAAUGCGAUCAUGUUGUAAGAAUACUUUUCAAUAUAAUGAAGCUUUGUACAAUUGAAGAUUACGCAGCUUCGGUGAAAUUGGGCCAAUUUAUGAGUCCAGAAGUGGGAUCUAGUGUUAUGUGGUUCUUAAAACGAUGGUGCCUUUCUUAUUUAUUACCUGUUGAAAAUUAUUAUCAAGAGUUGAGUCCGACGUUAAUAGGAUGUUUGGGGAAAGAUACAGAUGGUGCUAGGUUAAUUGUGUGCUAUGUAUUGUCAAAAAUCCAGUCGAAUUUGUAUCAUUUCCAAACUGAACCAGUGUUGUUGAAAGAUACAGUGGAACUAUUCUGUGAUAUAGUCUGCGUUAAACAAAAAUCUGCCCAAAUAGUAAAAACGGAAAGUAUGCGCAACCUCAUAAAACUAUUUGGACAAUUGGAACCUGGUACUCUACCUCCUAACAUAAUCAGGGGCCUCUGCAAGGGAUUCGUUUUAGCGGGAGUAGCAUUACAUACAAGAAACUUUUCAGCAGAUGCUCAAUCGACGAUGAACGAAUAUUACGAACUAAUCCUAACACCUCUACAACAACGUUUCAAAAGCCUUACUAGCCAAGCUGAUUUCACCAGCAUAUGCCAUCAAGAAAAAAUACAAAAAAUAGUAAUUGAUUUACUAGAAGCGUUUAUAGGUAUAGUGAAAGGUUCCUUGAUGCCGAGCUCGACUACACUGUUUCAUUUCUUAGCACCGAUAUUGAGCGAACUACCAGUUUUCAUCACUGUCUACAAUAAUUAUCAAGUCAUAGUCCAACUUAUCCUAGAACUUUUCGGACAGUGUGCUAAGUACAUGCUGUGCUAUUUAUCACCUUUAGAUAGCAAAAGGUUGUACGAAAGUUCGUUGGCUACGGUCCAAGCGUACGCUAAAUGUAACCAAGGUAGAUUUACGACUGAAUCUUUCGCGGAAGAAAGUAGUUUUCAAGAUCUAGCUCUCAUUUUAGAUCUGUUGACAUUCAUAUUAUCGAAAGAUUGUUUCGAUUUAUGUACAGAUACUAAUAACGAAGAGAUAAACGUUACGGCUUCGGACAUAUCUUUAUUCGGUUUAAAUUUCAUAAUGCCUCUAAUGACCAUGGAUUUACUUAAAUAUCCUAGUUUGUGUGCUCAAUAUUACAGAUUGUUGGUACUAAUCAAUGAUAUAUACCCGGAGAAAAUAUGUAACCUACCACCGGAACUUCUUAAUACUUUAUUAAGAUCUAUAGAACUUGGUUUAACUAAUUUCGGUUCUGAUAUAGUACAAGCCUGUUUGGAUUUUAUACAAGGUAUGGCUACUUAUACGUUCAGACAUAGUUUAAUGGAAACUCCUUUCGGACAAGCUAUAAGACCUUUUUUAAAAACAGUCAUGGAUUUAACUUUAUCACAUCAAAUUAAUACUGAUUCAACUUAUUACGCAAGUAAUUGUAUUUACGCCCUGAUGUGUUGUUUUCAAGACGAUUAUAAAAUGUUAGUGCAGAGUUUGAUACAGAUGCAGACUGAUCCGAUGACCGCAGAAAGACUUGCAGCAGCUUUCAAUAAUUUGGUUAUGAACGUCGAUAUGACUUGCGAUAGAUCGCCUAAAUUGAAAUUUAGAGAUAAUUUUGAUAAGUUUAUAGCUAACGUUCACGGUUUUUUGUUAGUUAAGUAGUUUUAGUUCUAUACGGGAAAUUAUUUUGCUUAGGUUAUUUAUCGUGCAUGAAAGAAACAAUGUUUUUUUAAGUUCGUAUUUAAAACUUUUGUAUGAUUCUAUUUAUACAUUUUUUUUUUAUAUUUCUUACUGGCUUUCGGUUUAUUUAAGAUACCAACAAUGGUACUGUCAAGUUGUGUCACUCGAGACAAGUUUACACAUUUAUUAAAAAGAAACCGUUCAAGCUAGAUCAUCCAAAUCAACGUUAUAUUUUGGAACUGUGUCUAUACUACGAUACCCAUUACAUAAAACAAGCAGAAAUGAAACACUUAAAUAUAUAUAAUUUUUUUUUCAAGUUACCCUCACAGUGCCUAUAUUGUGUUGAAACUCAAAUAUGUCAAUCGUGUUUCAGUCUUGAGACAUAAAAAAUCAUUUUUAAAAAAUAUAUCGAGCAUUUUGAAAAAGUAGUUUUUUUUAUUAAGAAAAACUGCAUUUUUUAAUACUACUGUUUUAUUAUGUAACAAAAGUACAAAAGUUUUUGAAAAGAUAAACAAAAAACAUUCUUUGGUAAGCUAUCUGUAGAUAGAUAUAAGAAUUAAAUAAAAAAGGAACUUUCCGAGGAACUGAAAAAGUAUAUCUGCCGCGAUGAAUAGAUACUCUGAUAAUAUUUGUGUUACCUCGACAUCUGUAAUAUCUUCAAUCUCAGAAGAAAUGAAUAUUUUUUUUGUAACUUGCUUUCUGGCACAUAAAGCUAUACGCGAGUACAAAAUUGGGCUUUGUUGCAGUUAUUUUUCCUAUAAACUUUUUUAAAAUGUGGAGCUUGGUAUGAAAAUUCCACUAAAACGAAGUCUACGGUCUUCAGUUCUGCUGGAUUUACCUCAUCGACAUCCCUGUCAGAAAAAAUUUUCAUUAAAUUCGAGAUCUUCUUCAUGUGACGAAUCAUCAGAAUCUUUGUAGGUCCUGAUUCUUUGUUAAGUUAAUGGUGCUGCGUUUACAACAUUCUUACUUAGAUCGGGUAAUUCUUCUUUAAUGUUUUCUUGGAUUGUAUCGCUAAUAUUGACAUUUUAAAUGCUUUUUCCUGGUUCUAACUGAAUUUUUUUUCUUCUUACAGUGGUUGAGAUUUUACUGGAAUAAAGAUUGCUUAGAAAUAAUGUACCCUGAGUUUUCAGCUUCGAAGGGUUCUUCUAAAUUGGGUGGAAACUUUUCCGGCAUAUUUGUUUUAUUUAUUGGGUAAAUUCCAGAAGCGCGGAUUAGGUUGUUUGAUGUUCUAUUAUUCUCGUUAAGUUUUUCCAAACAUUUUUUCAAUAAUAAUUAGCUAGAAAUGCACUUAUCCCAUUGUUGAAGCUAUGACUGGAAUCAUUUAUGAUACAAUGUUGUAUCAAAACAUCCAUGUAUGGCUUUAAAUGGAAAAUUUGACUGUGAAUCAUCUGCGUGAACAGCCUAUAAAAUAAGUGGUUUGUGUGCUACUCUCAGUUGUAAUAUCAAUAUAGAAUAUUAUUCGUUCUUAACUGAUCAAUUUUCAUUAUUGACUUGAAGAUCUCAUUGAAUUGUUGAGGCACGAAUAAAUAUAUGAUUUAAUGAGUGGACUAAUUGCUCAAAGUAUUGUGUAAUAUCUAUAAAACUUUCGGAGUAAAAAAAAUCAUUACUAGUGGUAAGAUAACAAUUUUUUAUAUGAAAUUUCUUCAUUGUCAUAAUUAUUAUUUGUUAUAAAGUUGACUAAAAACUGAUCGUUGUAGUUAUUUUGAAAAGUAUUCAGUGUUUUUCAAUUUUAAACGUACCUCAUAUAAAUUAUAAUCAAAUUUGGAUAAUAUUGAAUUGCAUUUUGUAAAAUCUCCAUCUAUAACAAAAAUAAAUCUAUAUUUUUA